AUGCCGAAGGUGUUUGAGAACUGGGGCGCCAUGCGUGCUGCUGCGUACACGGAAGGCCACACACCUGGCGACAGCUGCCACCGAGCUGAAAGGCUGCCGCAUUUGAGCGAGGCCAUCUUUCGCCGGUUGCAGAGACUUGAGCACCAUGUUGGGUUAACAGCCUUCGAGGAUAACGGACCCUCAGCCGAAGCGCAUGACGGAACCAUGUUCGAAAGCCCGGAGACUGAAGACUCCUCCCUUCGGCCCUUGUGGCCUGCCAUACAGGUAUUGAAGCACAGCUGCUCUACCGGCACUGGGUCGACAUUGUGGGAAGAACGCCUUGUCAAGCAACUGUGGCUCAGUUUCCACGACACCAUGCUUGGGCUGCACUUUCUCCCCAGCAAACAAACAUUCUCAUCGCCAACCCCGCUGAUGUUGGCAGCGAUGCUGUACUGCUCGAGCAUGAGAGGCUCGGAGCAUGUAGUUGUGCAUGCUUCCGAGUACUUCACUGUCCUGUGUAACGCAAUCUCGCAGCUAUGUAUGCCCGCCAGCGAGAUAGGAAAGGUGCCAAAGGACCCGGGGGCAGCCGAGGAGUGGGCUUUCCAGACGAUCCUCGGCAUCAUCCUUGCCGGUCUUCUUCGGGAGGGCGUCAUCAAGGAGACGGGGAUAUGGAUCUCUGUCGCCUACCGGCUGAUCCUUGAGCACUGCCCGCCACACAUAGAUGAGAGAUCGCUAGAGUGGCAAAGGCUCUUCACUGGCCUUCAAAUUGUCGAUCUAGAGCACGCCUCAAUUCACCUCUCGUGCCCCGUGAUUCCUAUAGAGGCACCCUUUCCUCGUCUCCGCAUCUCGCAGCAGGAUCAGCUUUACAGGCUGUCGCGCAUGAUGCACACGGGUCUCACACACUUCACGGGACGCAGGCUCCCGACUAUCUGGGCAUCCUUCACCAGCGACCACCCCGUCACGUCCGAUUCUACCACGUUCAGCGGCGUUGACGCGGCUGUCAUCCGGGAUUGGGCCCGGCAGCUCGACGACUGGCUGGUAGAGUUUGGCGCGCGCAAUGAGGAGGCAAGCGACCAAAGCAACCUGACGUUCCGGCAGUACGUGCUACACCGCGUUCUAGUCCUCUCCAUAUAUCUUCCAGCCCGUGGCAGCGAUCUCUUCUCCAAUACGACGCCCAAGGAGCAGCACGAGCUUCUUGUUUCGGCCCGCGCAGCUGUCCGGCUUCAACUCCUGGACACAUCCAUCUGGUCCAAUUUUGACCUCAUAAUUAUCACGUGGGCGGCACUAAUAGUCAUCCAAGGCGUUGACGGUGGAGUGGGGGAGCCUGACGAUCUAGAGCACGUCAGGGUCCAUCUAGGGCGGCUUCAGGAAGCCCAUGAGCACAGCUGCAAUCUUCACGGACUCCUGGCGAAUCGUCUGGAAACGAAGCUUCAGGGACUCACAACCCCGCAGUUUGGCGACGCCAUGAGCUUCGAGCCAGAUGGUACUUUUGACACGUCUUGGUACAUAUUCAAUCAGUCGAGUCUAGAUGUGGGCUUGGACAUGUCCUUCUUGGACGGAACAAUGCAACACACAGCCAUGUCCUGA